UUGCAUGAGGUCACGACAUCACACUUCGCUCGUAAACUUUGUUUUGUGUGAAUACUCGAUUAGACUGGACAGCCGAUUUUUGUAGCCGAUUGGCUAAGCUAAGCGAGAAACAACUUUUUAUCUCACUGGCACGUUUCCACAGCGUCAGUAUUGACGUGAAUCGCAUCUAUAAAACGCUAUGAGUAACUUUAGCUGGUGGAGGAACUUGCUGGGUCAAAAGCUAACAGAUGAAGAAAUGAAAAACAUAAAGUACCCAGCAACAGAACUCUACACUCACGUCACUUUCAAGACGAUUCAAGCUGGAGCGCUACUAGGUAUGGUCAUCAUUGCUCCUGUAGUUCGCCUUACAGCUGGUCCUCGCACUUUAGUGGCCAUCAAAGAGACAGCUCUUCGGUAUGGAAGAAAUGGAGCGGUCAUUGGGAUUCCUCUGGGACCUCUCAUGACUUAUGCAAAAGCUAACAGUGGUGCAGGCAUUGAUGAUGAUGGAAUGUUUGAUCGUGCAUACAGAAUAAGGUAUAACCGGAACCAAGUUCGAGUAGAUCAAGCUUCCAUUCUAGGAUCCGUGGGAGGUGCAGCUGGGAACUUGUUGCUAGGGGGCUCAGCUGUGUCAGGUGCAGUUGUAGGCCUGGUCGGAGGAACCAUGGCAAUGGGUCUUUACAACACAGUUGUUGCCGAGAGGCAUAAAUGAACUUGAAAUAUAGAAGCAUCAGGUGACGAUGGGAAGGAAAACUCAGUGCUGUCAGGGGUCAUGUUCAUUUCCACUGUAAUUAUAUAAAUAAAAAUUUACUGACCGGAAGCAGUAA